UGUCGCCCUCCAUCUUGGUUGUUCUAUAACCUGGCUUCUUCCAAAAAAUUAUUGAAAAACGGGCACGAGGAACUUGUUAAAACACCCUACAGGUUUUAAAUAAAAUAUUGUUAACUUAAAUAAUUUAUUUCGAGGAAUUUUGUUUAGUUAAGUUCUAAGUCCUCUAAAAAAUUAAAUUAUUGAUUGCAGAAACUGUGUUGAACGUGAAAAGAAAUUUUUCAAGUCUCCGGUUGAGUGAGAUAGAAAUAGCAUAAUUUAUAAAGUGUGGCCGACAAAUAGUCUGAGGUUUGUGGCAAGGCGGACGAACCUCCAGCAACAUAACUUUCAUCAUUUUUUUUUUAAUAUUAAUAUCAAAAGUACAUCAAAAAAACUAUCUACAAUACAAAGUUUGUCGAAUUUUUCACGGACUUAUGUCUUCUAUGAUUACAAGAUUUUUAUUCAUAACUACACAAACGUCAAAAAAAACUUUUGGACAAACGUCGUCAGCCAUAAGCACUCAGAAAAAUUACUUUACACCUCAAAAAAAUCUCAACUUGUUAGUUUUAUACUGGGCAAGGAGCAAUUGAGGUUAAUAUCAUAAUUUAGAUCAAGUAAUAGAAAUUACAUAAACAAUAAUAACUGUGGACAAGAACAUCAAGAACCAAUUGUUGGCAAUUCCGAGCAAUUUGAAAAUAAAAAUUUUAAAAUGGUAACUCCAAGUACCGCUCGUGUUUAUGCUGAUGUUAAUUCACAUAAGCCUGAUGAGUAUUGGGACUAUGAAAAUUAUGUUGUAGAUUGGGCAAAUCAAGAUGAUUAUCAGUUAGUAAGAAAGCUAGGCCGGGGAAAAUAUAGUGAAGUGUUUGAGGCAAUUAACAUAACAAAUAACGAGAAAUGCGUAGUUAAAAUUUUAAAACCAGUCAAAAAGAAGAAAAUUAAACGUGAAAUAAAAAUUUUGGAAAAUUUACGUGGAGGGACUAACAUAAUUACAUUGUUAGCAGUUGUUAAAGAUCCAGUAUCUAGAACCCCAGCUUUGAUAUUUGAACAUGUGAAUAAUACGGAUUUCAAACAGUUGUAUCAAACAUUAACUGAUAUUGAAAUACGAUAUUACUUAUUUGAGCUAUUAAAAGCAUUGGAUUAUUGUCACAGUAUGGGUAUAAUGCACCGUGAUGUAAAACCUCAUAAUGUUAUGAUUGAUCAUGAAAACCGUAAAUUACGUUUAAUUGAUUGGGGUUUAGCUGAAUUUUAUCACCCUGGUCAAGAGUAUAAUGUACGUGUUGCAUCCAGAUAUUUUAAAGGACCAGAAUUGUUGGUUGAUUAUCAAAUGUAUGAUUAUUCAUUGGAUAUGUGGUCAUUAGGUUGUAUGCUUGCCUCAAUGAUAUUCCGUAAAGAACCUUUCUUUCAUGGUCAUGAUAAUUAUGAUCAGUUGGUACGCAUAGCUAAAGUGCUGGGCACUGAAGAACUAUACGCCUAUUUAGAUGCAUUCAAUAUUGAACUUGAUCCAAGAUUCCACGAUAUAUUACAAAGACAUUCACGUAAAAGAUGGGAACGCUUCGUUCAUUCAGAUAAUCAACAUUUAGUGUCACCAGAGGCAUUAGAUUUCUUGGACAAACUUUUACGUUAUGAUCACCGUGAAAGACUAACGGCCAGGGAAGCCAUGGCACAUCCAUAUUUUUCGCCAAUUGUGAAUGGACAAGUUAAUAUACAUAAUUCAUCAAUAAAAUGCUCAGAAAAGAAAAGGGAAGAAAAUUAAUUUUUAGAUGAGAACAAUUUAUAACCAUCUGUUCAAAAAAGAAAUUAAAUAAAAUUAAAAAAAAAAGAAAAUAAAAACAAAUUUACCUAAACAAAGAGCAAACGUUUUUUAAAAAAGGAAACUUUUUAAGUUUAAAAAUUUCGAUUAUUUGGAACAUACACGAAAAACAUAAAUAAAUAAGUUAAUAAAUAAAAUAUAGAAAAGAAACAAAAUAACAUAAAGUAAUUUUUUAAAAAAUAGAAUAUCAAAUUAAAAAAAUUAACAAAAAAAUAAAAAAAAAGAAAUAUAUAAAACAUAGCGGAAUAAUAACAAAUAGGAUAAAUAAAAAUUGCUAGAUUUUUUUUUUCAAACAUUAAAAUAAAUGAAUUAAAAAACAUUAAAAUAUUUUUUGUUUUGCCUAAAAUCAAGAAAAUUCAAUUUUCAAAAUAGAAUAAUAUUCUUCCCUUGUUUUAUCACUUAACACAUUUUAAUUUUUGUGUUUAUACCAAAUUAUUUAAAAAUAAAAACAAAAUAUAAAAUUUAAAAAUUUUAAAAACGCCAUAAAAAUUUCGUUCUAAACAAUACAAUUAACGGAAAUAGUUUAUUUUUAGUUUUCCAUUAAAAGAAGGGUUAUGAAUUUAACUGAGUAAAGCAGAUAUAUUUAUUUUGCAAUUUAUAAUAGUCCAUUCAAUUAAAAAACAAACGAAAAAUUAGAAAAUGAAAUUUCAAAGAAAUAAAUUCAAAAUAAACGGCUUAACUUAAUAAUCCUAUAUUAGUAUCAUAUAAAAAUAAAAUUUAAGCACUCAGAACUAAAGAAUAAUGAAAAAAACUUGUUUGGCAAAAAUUAUCGUUUUAAGGUUAAAUAUUUUUUUUAGUUAUUACUGUAAUACCCAUAUAUGUAUAAUUUUUCCUAAGGAUAUCUCAAAUAUAUAUACACAUAUAUAUAUAUAUAUAUAUAUAUAUAUAUAUAUAAAUAUAUAUAAAUAUACGUACCUAUACUGUAUACGUCAUAUUGUUUUAUGUUUAUAUGGUUAACUAUGUUAUAUUAUUAUGAAUGCAUAUUGUAUAUUUAUAUGCUAUUAUAUAUAUAUAUGUAUUUACAUAUGUAUAUAUAUAUAAUAUGUACAUGGAUUUAUAAUUUAUGCCUGUAAACAUAUUAUAUUUUUAUCUUUAUAAAUGAAAUAGUAGUUUAAUUAUAUAUAUAUAAAUGUGUAUAUUUAUUUAUACAUACAUAAAUAAAUUCGUAUAAUACCAAUAUAUAUAUAUAUAUACAUAAUUGUAUCUUCUUAUAAGAAAAAACUGUCAAAAUUGUAAUAUAAAAUAUAUAAAAGUAAAUAUAAUUAAAUUAUUAUUAAAUUACAAAAAACAAUAAAAAAUCUCUAUAAAUGAAGUUUACGUUUUAACAAACAGCAAAUUAUUUGAAAACGUUUUGGUUUUCAGAAUGAAUUUUUAAUAUUUAAUGUUAGAAAAUUAUUUCGAUUCUGUAUCGCCCUUAAUUUAGAUAAGUUCUGAAAUAACAUCGAUGUUCCAUAAUUGAAAUUUGUAUGAAAAAAAUAUAUUGUUGAAAACCUUAAAAAAAUUUAUUGUUCAAAAUUAAUAUUGGUACAAAUAUUAAAUAUUAUUUUCUAAUAAUUUACUUCCUAAAGACAUCCAUUAGCAUCCCAAAAUAAUUUUUGUAUUCAUUCAAAUUUAAAAUAUAUUUAAUAUAAAAUGAUUAAUAAUGUAGCCGCAAGUUAUUUUUGUAAAUAUUAAUGAUUAAUAAUUUUAACGUUUCAACAAAUAAUAAUUGAAAAUAGCGAAUGAACUCAAGAACUUUUGUAAAGUUUUAUUUCUCAAACUCGAUAUGUAAUAAUAUCGGUUUAUUCUAAAAUUUUAGUAAAAUAAUUUUAUUGAAAUAUUUUAAUGUAAAUAACUCAUGAUUAGACAUAUCAUUAUGCAUUUUAAAAAUUAAGUUCAAAAAUAAGUUGAGAUAAUAAAAAUUUUAUAAAGUUGCAACCAGGAUUAUAAAGUCCUAACUGAUUUCGAAGUCACUUCCAUUUUAAAGUAACUCAUCAGAAACAUAAUAUAUACGUUUCUUUUUUAAAUGCUAUUGAGUUAUAAAAAGUAAUUAUAGACUAUGUAGUUAUAAAAUUUGAUAUACAUAAUUAAAAAAGCGGGCAUCGCCAAUUUAUUUUUCUUUUUUUUGUAUAUUUUUUUUUUGGAGAUGUGUGAACGGUGAAAUAAAUGGUAAGUUUGUUUUUCUUUUCUUUGAGAAGCAUACUUUUUUUUGUUAGCUCUAGGUAUUAUUUGGAAAGUUAAAAAUCUUUUUGUAAGUUAUUAUAUAAAAAUAUAACAUAAAUAAAAACUUAACAUGAAAAUUAUUAAAACAAUUAUAUAUCCUU